GUGAUGGAUGGCGUUUCUUUGACAUUUCCAUUUGUUUUGACAUGGUUGACAACCGGUUGAACACGCAAUUUUAAAACUUAAAAAAUGCUUACGAGUAAAGUAUUUUUACGCAAAACUAAACGAGGCAACAUAUUAAAGAUUGUCCGAGAACACUAUUUACGCGAUGACAUCUACUGUGGAUCGGAGUUCUGUGUUGAAUGUGACCACGAACCGCACGAUAAGGUCUUAGCGAAGCAGCCGGAAUCUAAGAGCAGCCUCUACCCAUUUCCACAUUAUUUGGUGUUGGACACGAAUGCCGUUCUAGACCAUAUCGACGUGUUUGAGGAAGAUGUUCUUAGCGAUGUCAUCGUCUUAUACACCGUACUUGAUGAAAUCAAGCACAAAAGCUCGUCCGUCUACAAGAAAUUUCGUGAAGUUGUUGCAGAUCGGUCGCGUAAUUUUUACAUUUUUGUGAACGAACACCACAGGGAAACGUACGUUGUAAGACUUCCCGGUGAAUCAGCCAACGACCGAAAUGAUCGGGCAAUUCGAGUCGCCACAAAAUGGUAUGACAAUCACCUACAACAUAAAAAACAUCGCAUCCGAGCCGUCCUGUUGACUGACGAUGCUGAUAAUCGUCGAAAGGCUUUGGAUGACGGACUGUUGGUGUGUUCAGCCGCCGAUUAUGUCAAGUCAUUGACGGAUCAUCCGACUCUGCAAGACAAGCUGUCGCAUAAAAAUUAUGAUACGGAGAGCACUAAGGUGGCAAUUUAUCCACCGCAUUUGACACCAUCGCAAAUUCAUGAGGGCAUCAAGGACGGUCUGUUACAUCAAGGUGCCUUUGCCGCUUCACGGGAAAACUAUUUGGAGGGAUCAGUCAAUGUGGAAGGCUACGAAAAGUUUAUAUUGAUCCAAGGACGGGAUGCACUGAACCGGGCCGUUGAUGGUGAUAUCGUAGCCGUUGAAAUAUUACCGGAAGAAAAGUGGACGGCUCCCAGCGAAAUUAUUUUGCAAGACGACACCGAAAAUCCGGACGAUGUACUGGAAGAAGAAGCCAAUUUCCUACCUCAAAUCAAAGCGACCGAUGUGGCUGAACGAUCGCCGACCGGUCGCAUUGUUGGUAUAAUUCGUCGAAAGUGGCGGCAAUAUUGUGGCAUAUUACAACCGAAUUUGGUGCAAGGAGCGACCAGGCAUAUUUUUGUGCCUGCCGAACGGAAGAUUCCGAAGAUCAGAAUCGAAACGAGGCAAGCGGAACAGUUACACAUGCAACGAAUCAUAGUGGCCAUCGAUCAAUGGCCGAGACAUUCAAGAUAUCCCAAGGGUCAUUUUGUGCGAGCGCUUGGACCACUCGGCGACAAGGCCACGGAAAACGAAGUACUUCUGCUGGAGCACGAUGUUCCACACAGCAAAUUCUCGGAGGAAGUUCUCAGUUUCCUACCCAAGUUACCUUGGACGAUAACAGAUGAAGACAAAGCUAAGCGAGUAGACUUACGUGACAUCUGCAUUUGUUCCGUUGAUCCACCCGGUUGUACCGAUAUUGAUGAUGCGUUGCAUUGUCGGAAUUUACCGAAGGGGAAUCUUGAAGUUGGUGUACACAUUGCCGAUGUCAGUCAUUUCAUUCGACCGGGAAAUGCUCUCGAUAAAGAAGCAUCUCAACGGGCAACGACGGUCUACCUAGUUGACAAACGUAUUGACAUGGUGCCGGAGUUGUUGUCUUCCAACUUGUGUUCGUUGCGUGGCAAUGAAGUUAGAUUCGCUUUCUCUUGCAUAUGGGAAGUGGACGAGGAAGCCAACAUUUUGAAUACUAAAUUCCACAAGAGCAUCAUCGAAUCGAAAAAGGCAAUGACCUACGAAGAAGCUCAACUUAUCAUCGACGAUCCGAGCCAGCAACACGAUAUUGCCAUGUCGUUGAGAAAUCUCAACAAAUUGGCGAAAGUGUUAAAGCGACGACGAGUGGAGAGUGGUGCUCUGGUUUUGGCAUCGCCCGAAAUUCGUUUUCAAAUCGACAACGAGACUCAUGAUCCCAUUGAAGUUGAAGCGAAAAAAAUUCGCGACACCAAUUCAAUGGUCGAAGAGUUUAUGUUACUGGCCAAUGUAUCCGUCGCUGAGAAAAUUGAAAAAGAAUUCCCGGAAUUUGCUAUGCUGCGUCGGCAUCCCGAACCGCCUCAGACCAAUUUUGAGCCGUUAAUCAAAGCGGGCCGUAAUCAAGGUUUCGACAUCGACACAUCAACGGGACGACAGUUGGCUCUGUCAUUGGAUGAAGCAAAGAAACCGGACAACCCUUACUUCAACACUAUGCUGCGAAUAUUGGCCACUCGUUGCAUGAUGCAAGCUGUCUAUUUCAUUAGCGGAACAACUCAAAAAGCGGAGUUUUUCCAUUACGGUCUGGCUGCUCCAAUUUAUACACAUUUUACGUCACCCAUUCGACGUUACGCGGACAUAAUCGUUCAUCGAUUGUUAGCGGCUUGCAUAGGUGCCGACAGCACGUAUCCCGAAUUACUGGACAAGCGUAAAACAUCGGCCCUGUGUAACAACCUUAAUUAUCGGAAUCGAAUGGCACAAUAUGCGGGUAGGGCAUCGGUGGCACUGAAUACCCAUUUGUUUUUCAAAGGUCGCACACAGGAAGAGGAAGGUUAUGUGCUGUUUGUUCGCAAAAAUGCAUUGCAGGUGCUAAUACCGAAAUUUGGCUUGGAGGGUACCAUUUACGUAUCCGGCAAGAAAGGCCAAGGGAAAAAGUUUGCCGUCGAAUUUGUAUACAACGAGGAGGAACACACCCAACAAUGUGGAAAUGUUGUAUUCCACUCAUUUGAUCCAGUUACCGUUCGUCUGAGUCUGGAUUCGUCGAAUGUUCAGCACGAAAAGUUAGUUCUCGAGCUUGUCAAACCGUACAUCGAAGGAUUCAGUGUUCGAUCGAUCCAAGACGACGAUCAGCAAAUGGACGAACCCAUGCCACUGGCUGCGAAACGGAAAACACCUAACAAAAGUGAUGGCAAUGUAAAGGCAAAGAAGAAGUCGAAGUAAACGUUUUUCUUUUAAUGUGGAAA